AUGCUGGCUGGAAUCGAAAAGUUAGGUAAGAGGUUUUUUUCUCGCUGUCAAUACGAAAAAAAAAAAAUCAUUUUAGUGAAAAUGGAACAAACGUUGAAUUUUUAGUUAGCUUCUUUUUCAAAAAUAGUUUUCUCGAAGUCCGAUGUGGUGAUUCACCCCGUCGUAGCCUGAGAAUAUUUGAUUUAAACGGAAACGGGGAUUUUCAGUAAUCAGCGACGAGCCGAUGAAACGAGCUGACGAUGGAGUCGCCAGUCAGCAACUACCGAAGUACAAAGCCAAGAACCCUGUACGUGGAAACCUUCACGCUUUGAGAGUUCUUAUUCACUGUCCAGCAUCCGCCGGUGCUGACGACGUCGAACGGAGCUCCGAUUUACUCGAAGACGGCGGUUCUGACGGCCGGACGUCGAGGUCCGAUGCUGAUGCAGGACGUCGUCUACAUGGACGAAAUGGCCCACUUCGACCGCGAACGUAUCCCGGAACGCGUCGUCCACGCCAAAGGAGGAGGUAGGAAUGCAAUGAAAAAAAAAAUGAUAUACAGAGAAGUAAAAAGUUGGAACUAGUCGUUUCUCGACACAGUAUGUCUUUCUACACUGCAUUUUUGGGACUUCUCAUAAUUCGAUCAAAAACUGUUUCUAUAACCAGAGGGAAUGUCGCGAUUUCAGGUCACAUGGUCGUAUUAUUUAGACUUUCCUUUCGUAGAAACCAGUAUGUCUAUUAUUUGGAUUGAACAGGCGCUCACGGCUACUUCGAGGUGACCAAGGACAUCACCAAGUACUGCAAGGCGGCGAUGUUCAGCGAGGUCGGCAAGCAAACGCCGAUGCUUGCGCGAUUCUCGACAGUUGGUGAGGAGAGAUGAGCUGGAUCAUGAGAAGAAUAAAAUACAGGUGGCGAGUCUGGAUCUGCUGACACGGUCCGCGACCCACGAGGAUUCGCCCUCAAGUUCUACACCGAAGAGGGAAAUUGGGACCUUGUAAGAAAUCGCGGAAUAUUCACUAGCAUCAGAGAUCAAAGCACAAAAAUGACAAAAUAGUAACCUUUUAGUGAAGAAAAAAAGGCUCAUAGUCGUAUCAUACCAGAAAACUUGGGCUCAGGGCUCAACUGAAAAUCAGAAGGAUGUUUGAAAAUGCUUUUUCUUUGUUCUCUCGAAGUUUUUCAUGGUAACUGUGAAAAUUUUUUUUUUGGACAUAUGAAUUGUUUUUUUGUCGAAAUGAAAGAGUAUGGUAUUUCAGAUUCUGUACGGAACGCUUUCAUUGGAAAAUCGUAUCUCUGAAACUGAAAUCUUUGACAUGUAAAAAAAAAAAAAGAAAAAAAAAACUUUUUUUGUGUAUUUUGAGCAAUUUUUAAUAUAUUUCCAAAUUAGACUUUCAGGCUACGAAUCAUUAGCGUUCUAAAUAGUAUUAAAUUAUUUAUUUUAGGUUGGAAACAACACUCCAAUCUUUUUUUCAUCCGAGAUGCCAUUCACUUCCCGAAUUUCAUUCACACGCAAAAAAGGAACCCGCAAACUCAUCUCAAAGACGCAAACAUGGUUUUUGACUUCUUCAUGAACCGACCUGAGUCCAUUCACCAAGUAUCAAUAUUUCGAAAAAUCUAUCCUUACUCAUUUUUUUUUGAGGUUAUGUUUCUCUACUCGGAUCGCGGAAUUCCUGAUGGCUUCCGCCACAUGGAUGGCUUCGGAUCGCAUACCUUCAAAAUGGUGAACAAGGAUUUGGAGCCGAUCUACUGCAAAUUUCACUUCAGAGUUUGACACAUCUAAAGGUGUAGGAAUGAGAAAGUUUUCUAGCCCGAACAAGGAAUCAAGAACCUGACGGUAGAAGAAGCUGGCAAGCAGGCCAGUGAGGAUCCAGACUACGCAAUUCGCGAUCUCUUCGAAGCCAUUGAAAAUGGCAACUAUCCCACCUGGAAAGCAUACAUUCAGGUUCAUCCUACUUCUGAUGCCGAUUGAUUCAACAAAUCGUUUUUCAGCUCAUGACAUUCGAGCAAGCUGAGAAAUGGAAGUUCAAUCCUUUCGACGUCACAAAAGUCUGGCCACAUGGCGAAUAUCCUCUGAUAGAAUUUGGAAAGUUCGUGCUCAACAGGAACCCUGAGAACUACUUCCACGAGGUUUCAAAGUAGAAAAUAUUCAAAAGAAAUGAUGAUUUUGAGGUGGAACAAGCGGCGUUCUGUCCGGCGCACGUCGUCCCAGGAAUCGAGUUCUCGCCGGACAAGAUGCUUCAAGGACGACUCUUCUCCUACACCGACACCCACUUCCAUCGUCUCGGGCCAAACUACAUACAGCUGCCCAUCAACUGUCCUUACCGCUCUCGACAACGCAAUUACCAGAGAGACGGUCUGAUGGCUCUUGAGAAUCCUGGCGGAGCUCCCAACUUCCAUCCCAACAGCUUCAACGGACCCACCGAAAGAAAAGACGUGAAAGAAAGUGUGUUUUCCGUGACUGGAGACGUCGAGCGCUACGAGACCGCCGACGACCACAAUUACGACCAGCCCAGAGAUUUCUGGCUCAAGGUUAAAAAAAAUAGCAAGUAUAAUGGGAAGAAUGAAAGCGAAUAACAAGGGUUAAAAAAAGAAUUGGAGAGUUUCUUGCAUAUGAUAUUAAUAUUAAUUUGGUUCAGAGACCGUCUUUUGUCCAAAUUUCAUUUUUGAAAUACUAAUAGUUUAUUGAAUUUUUUUCGUCAGUUAAAAUCAGAAAAAAAUUGUCUGGAAAGAUAAAAGUGAUUUUUUUCCCAUAGAAUCUAUCCAAUAUGUGCGUUUGGAUUCUAAAUCCUAGGACUUUUAGAAAGUUUUGAAAUUGAAUACGAUUUUAAGUCUUGUCCAUUUUCCCAGUUCAUCCACUUUUACUUACUAAGAUUCUUGAAAGAGCCCGAAAGCGAAGGAAAAUGCUAAAAUUUGAAAGCAAAGAAGAGCUCUGUAUAUUUUUUUCAAGGGAUGCUAUUCAGGUCCUGGACGCGUCGCAUCGGGAGCGACUUUGCAAAAACCUGGCAAAUGGCAUGGGAAAAUGUCCCGAUUUCAUUCAAAAUGGAAUGGUGGAACAUUUCACUAAAGUAAAAAAUCUUUUUUUUUAACGGGCAAAAUGAAAUCCUGCAGGUUCAUCCUGAUUUCGGAAGCCGUGUUCGUCAAAUGCUGGACGAGAUGAAGGUAUUAUAUCAUUUUUCCUCAUAUCAGAAAAAAACCUUUUUUUUAAAAUUAUUUUUAAAAAAGACCUUUUUUUGUUGCGUUCAUUUUAUUUUCCAUGAUAUAAAAAAUAUCAACCAUCAGUGUUAUUUUAUUCUUCUCUUUUUAACAAUAACGUUUCCAGAAAAAGUGA